AAAUUUCACGAUGGCUACUAUUUUGACCAUGCAACUGCCCUCUGAUGAUGAAUGUGAUUCUGAUUAUGUAACAUCUGAGCAUUCGUCAGAUGAUGAGGGUAACACAAAGAGAGGAAAACGUAAAAUAGACAUCGAUGCUGAGCUCAGUAGUCGACGUAGGACGUGGAUAAACAACGCGAGCACACUUUUUGAACACAUGUUACAGGAUAGUGAAUUGACAUAUAGGCACCGCAGCACCGUUGAUAAAUCUGAUUACAUGCUGCAGUUUCAUAAGAAAGAUGCUUCUUCCACUGUAAGGAAAAAUGGAAAGUUGAGUGAAUUGGAGAGGUACAUUACGCUAAAUUGUAGCCGAAUAUCAAAUGAAAACAAAUGCUUGAACUUACGUACGUUCAAAGCUAGCUGUCGUAACAUCCCAGAUUCUGAUAAGCUAAAACAAAUCCAGGAAGCUGUUCUAUUACAAGGAAUACCUGAAAAAGUUACAAUAACAAAGACAUAUAGAUUCGCUGGAAAGAUGCACACUAUUAAAGAGCAUGUAGCCAAAAUGUCUAGAAGAUACAAACAAUACGUGAUGAGCAAACAGCAAACAAUUGGGGGUUCGCUUGCAUUUAUCGAUGAUGCGGUCAGUGAAUUAGACAAAGCUCCAAAAAUAUCUGCUAUCAAAAAAUCAGAAGCUGACUGGCAUCAGUACAAAGAUGAUGAAGGAAUUGACAUAAAUCAAGAGGCUCACAAGUUCCUUAAAAACGAGGAGUUUUUAGAUCGAGCCACAAUGAAGGAGCAUACAGUUAACAUCAAUGCUCGUAAACAAUGAAUUUGGGUAAAAAUGACUUUAAUGGAUUUUCUAUAACCAGUGAACAAUUGCUUAACAUGGAUCGAUCGCUGAUUUUCAUCGUGAGGUAGACAAUAAAAGUGCUGACUUCUAUAUACCAAGUAGACACUAACAAUUCCCUGUGAUAUUGAUGUGCUUUGAAUCGGGGAGCACAUAAAACUACGUCAAACAUAGUUACGCAGGUGUUUGGCAAGCACCCCCCUCCAUAGGUUGUCAUGAUUUUUUAGAAGAUCCAAUAAAACACAUACAUCAUAAAUAGAUAUUAUACGUAUGUAACAGCCAAUUGAUUGAAAAGGUAACCGAUAAUUCUCUGGAUGCAAUAUAUAUAUAUAUAUAUAUACAUGUAGAUCGGAAACUGUAUAUUUAUUAAUUCAACUAGUAUUAUUC